CAUAAGAAAACUAACGUUAUAGGCUACUGCUAACCUUUGAACCUCCUUCCUUUGUUAUCGCAGAAAAUCACGGGACUGUCACUGCUCAUAAAGACAAUCAUGGAGACAUGAGACAAAAAUGCUUUUUGAGGAAUAUGUGACUGGUCAGAUAGCAGAAAAGCUGCGAGUCAAGCAAAAGGAAGGAAAACAGUUUUCCCGGAUGCGCUUUCUUUCUGUCAGAGAGACACUUUCCAGUAAAAAUGACAUCCGUACAUUUUAACCCUGGGUUAGAUUCCAAGGAAGUUAAUGGGCCAAGUAAUGGGGUGAAAGAAGAGGCAGAGGUGCAGAUCGAUGAUGGAAAGGAAGAGAAUGAGGAGCCAGACACCAUAUACCAUCGUGUCCGGAAAUUUAUAACUCCUUUUGUGAUGUCCUUUGGAUUUCGUGUUUUUGGCCUAAUACUGAUCAUUGUGGACAUUAUUCUGGUCAUUGUGGACUUGUCCCUUUCCAACAAGAGUCGUGAUGUUGGAAGUGCACUGGAGGCUGUUUCUCUUGUCAUUUCCUUCUUUUUCCUCAUUGAUGUGCUGCUUCGCAUCUAUGUGGAGGGAUUCAAGGUGUAUUUCAGCUCCAAACUGAACAUAAUAGAUGCUUGUAUUGUGGCCAUUACCUUGGUGGUCACCAUGAUCUACGCAUUCUCCGAUUUCUCAGGAGCCAGCCUGAUUCCCAGGGUGGUCACAUUCCUGAGAUCUCUGAGGAUAUUGAUUCUGGUACGUAUCUUCAGACUGGCAUCUCAGAAGAAAGAGCUUGAGAAGGUCACCAGGAGAAUGGUGUCUGAGAACAAAAGAAGGUACCAAAAAGAUGGGUUUGAUCUGGACCUCACAUACGUCACAGAAAGAGUCAUUGCCAUGUCUUUUCCAUCUUCUGGGAAGCAGGCGCUUUAUAGGAACCCCAUCAGAGAGGUGGCUCGAUUCCUGGACACCAAACAUCUGGAUCACUACAAGGUGUUUAAUCUCUGUAGUGAGAAAGGCUAUGAUCCAAAGUUCUUUCACUAUCGAGUGGAGCGUGUUAUGAUAGAUGACCAUAACGUGCCAUCACUCGAUGAUAUGCUGCGGUACACAGCCUGCGUUAGGGAGUGGAUGGCGGCAGACUCUAGGAAUGUGAUCGCCAUCCAUUGCAAAGGAGGAAAAGGGCGGACUGGGACGAUGGUGUGCACAUGGCUCAUCGACAGUGACCAGUUUGAGAGUGCGCAGGAGAGUUUGGACUACUUUGGCGAGAGACGGACUGAUAAAAGCAUGAGUUCGAAGUUCCAGGGUGUUGAAACGCCCUCUCAGAGUAGGUAUGUCGGUUAUUAUGAGAUCAUGAAGAAUCAAUACAACCGCCAGCUACCACCUCAGAAGAGCCUGAAAAUAAAGAGCAUUCGAAUCCACUCCAUCGCAGGUGUGGGGAGGAGCAAUGGCAGUGACCUGAAGGUGAAGAUCAUAGUGAAGCGAGAGCUCGUCUUCGAGGGUGUUUGUGCUAAACAGCAGAACUGUACAGUGUUUCCUGACACUGGUAGUAAUGCUGUGGUCAUCAGUUUGCAGGAAGGGCCUGUUGUGACUGGAGAUGUGAAGGUCAUGUUUGAGUCCAGUGCGGGUCUGCCAAAGGGUUACGAGGACUGUCCAUUCUAUUUCUGGUUUAACACCUCUUUUGUUGAGAACAACAGACUGUAUCUCUCGAGGGAGGAGCUGGACAAUCCACACAAAUCUAAGACCUGGGACAUCUAUAAGGAAGACUUCGGAGUGACAGUGGUCUUCACAGACCCUUGAGGAGAACAUUCUCAGACAGCUCCGACCAUUUUUGUAGUUUUUUUUAUGAGAGGUGUACUAAAAAACUACAAACUAAAGAAAAUGUUAACACUCCACGUGAACCUAUAGCUUUUUGAGAUUUGAAUGUGAUUUUUGUAAAAAAUAUUUUCACUCCAUUGUAUUUCCAUGUUUGUCUUUUUUCAAUGUUCUGUUCAUGUGUUUUUCUUAGUUUUUACUGUGGUUCUAUUUAUGUUUGGCUAAAGUUUAAAAUUCUGUCAAGGAAAUUAUACUAUUCAAAUGCAUUUACAUAUUAAACACCUGCUUCCAUGGAAAA